AUGCGGGAGUACAGUCGCGCCGGAGAAAAACGUCAAGAGCAAAAGCUCGGAGGCGUCAAAAUGAGCAGCAAGUCCAGGCACAAGGCGUCGGGCGCGGAGAUCUGCAGCAUGGCCAGGGGUUGGCAUGUCAGGGCCAGGCCAAUAGAUCUUGUCUGGGGCAUUAAUGCCAGGCCCAGCUUGAUCAUCAUCAGCAGUCCUGGGGUCCAGAGGAUGCCUUCAGGGGAGAGUGGGGCCCAACGGGAUGCUUGGACGAAGGGGGGAUGUAGAGAAAAGGGACUGAUGGAGCCCUGUCAGGAUGGGACUAAGAAGAGCGGCACUUGGCAGAGAGAGACUUUGGGGAAAUCUGUGGAAAGGGAUGAGAUGCAGGAGUCAUACUCUUUGCUCCUUCCACUUCCUGGGAUGAGGGGUGUCAACAAGGAGCCUCCCCCUAUUACUGAUGAAAACAGUUAUGCUGUGGCAGGGGUGAGCAGCUGCCAUGAGAAGGGCCCUGGAGUGUCCUGCUCAGCCUUGCAAAGGAGCAUCUCCCAGGACCUGCUGGGCAGCCCCAGCAAUAGCAGUCAGACACCUCUGCAGCUUCCCACAUCUCCCCACAUGCAUCCGCGUACACUCUGGAGCACAGUCUACCUGAAUGGCCUAGGCUGUGAAGUGGUUUCCCAGCUCUUUUCCUCCCGCAGUGGCGUGGGUCUGGCACGAGCACAUUUUGAGAAGCAGCCUCCCUCCAACCUCAGGAAAUCCAACUUCUUCCACUUCGUGCUGGCCAUGUACGACCGGCAGGGACAGCCCGUGGAGGUGGAGCGCACAGCCUUCAUCGACUUUGUGGAAAAGGACCGAGAGCCCGGGGCGGAAAAGACUAACAAUGGGAUCCACUACCGCCUCCGACUGGUGUAUAACAAUGGACUUCGGACGGAGCAAGACCUCUAUGUGCGUCUCAUCGACUCCAUGUCCAAGCAGGCUAUCAUCUAUGAGGGGCAGGACAAGAACCCCGAAAUGUGCCGAGUGCUGCUCACCCAUGAGAUCAUGUGCAGCCGGUGCUGUGACCGGAAGAGCUGUGGCAACCGGAAUGAGACGCCCUCAGACCCCGUCAUCAUUGACAGGUUCUUCCUCAAGUUCUUCCUCAAAUGCAACCAGAACUGCCUGAAGAAUGCGGGGAAUCCCCGAGACAUGCGCCGCUUCCAGGUGGUGGUGUCCACGACGGUGAGCGUGGACGGGCACGUGCUGGCCGUGUCUGACAACAUGUUUGUGCACAACAACUCCAAGCAUGGCCGCAGAGCGCGCCGCCUGGACCCCUCCGAAGCUGCCACCCCCUGCAUCAAGGCCAUCAGCCCCGGGGAGGGCUGGACCACGGGCGGCGCCACCGUCAUUGUCAUCGGCGACAACUUCUUCGACGGGUUGCAGGUCGUGUUCGGAAACGUGCUCGUGUGGAGCGAGCUCAUCACGCCCCACGCCAUCCGGGUGCAGACGCCCCCGCGACACAUCCCCGGGGUGGUGGAGGUGACCCUCUCCUACAAGUCCAAGCAGUUUUGCAAGGGAGCACCCGGCCGCUUUGUCUACACAGGGCCAGUGUUUGAUUUCGGAGACCCAGCCCUGACUGUGGGCGCUGACCACGUCCCAUCUGGCCUCUUAGAGUGGGGAGCUCAGAGCUGGGUGGACGGCAGCCCACGUGGGGCCCCAGCCAAGCUGCUCACUCUGGUGCUGUCUCCCUGUUGUGUCUCCCACCGCCUUCCCUGCUGCGCCUGCCCCUCCCUGCCCCGCCCCGGAGUCAUGCCCUCUAGCCCCCCGCUGGCGGCUGCCUCCUCCAUGUCCCUCCCGGCCGCCGCCCCCACCACCAGCGUCUUCUCCUUCUCGCCUGUCAACAUGAUCUCCGCCGUCAAACAGAGGAGCGCCUUCGCCCCCGUGCUGCGCCCCCCGAGCUCCCCACCCCAGGCCUGCCCCAGAGCCCACAGAGAGGGGCUUCCAGACCAGUCUUUUGAGGAUUCUGACAAGUUCCACUCUCCAGCCCGGGGGCUUCAGGGCCUGGCAUACUCGUAAUUACGGUCUGCAGCUGUUGUUCCCAUGGAGCCCGGACUGGAGGUCCCUCUGGGAUUCACAGCCACACCCUGGAUGGUGGCACAGACAGAUGCAGGGCCGGGGCCAUGGGCAGACCUCAGUCCAUGAGUGGAACGGGGAGGGGCCUUCACCCCAUGCUCAAGCCUCCCGCUAGGAGCCCCACAGGCUUCUCUCGCCUCCCUGUCUUGGGGUGGUCAGAAGCUCCAGCACUGUGCAGAUGCUCUUGGCAGGAGAGCAUCCCAGGGAGGUGCUGGGAUUCUGGGCCUCGCUGUCUGGGUCUUGGUUCCUCUGAAAGAGAUGGAUCUUGUGCAGACCAGGGAUGUCGGGUGAGGGGAGCAUGGGAUGGGGACUGUGGGAAAAAGGACAGCUCAGGGAGAAGUGACCUGGAAAGGUCCUGUUUGCAUCUGACCCAUCUCAACUGGCCCAACAUCCCAACUUCUGUGCAGCGAAAGGGCGGCGCCCCGCAGCCUGGGGAGGCCUGCCCAGGCUCCCAUGGAGCUUCCAACAGCUGCUUCGCCCCGCAGCUACCCCCACUUGCUUUGAGACCUGCACUCUCAUGCUUGCCGCAUCAUGCCUCCCUGUGGGGGCUUUGGGCAUGGAGGAGGCAGAAGACGGGGUACCAGGCCUCCUGUAUUUGGAUGUCUCAUGGACUCUGGCCCACACACUCACAAUGACUCUGGCUGGCCCCAUGCAGUGGGCCCAGCUGCCCCCCAGGUGGCCUCACAUUCUGCUCUGCUAAGUUUGGAGAAAACAGAACAAUAAACCAGAUGCAGGUGGCGCCCGCCCGGCCUCUCACCUGCCUCCUUGGUGUGA